AUGUCCAACACCGGAGACUCGGGCAAGAAGUGGGCGCUGCAGUGCACUGGCGUUGCACUCGAGACGGUCAACAAGCAUUCGAGCGACGAGGAGAUCACUCUGUUCGCUUCGGCAUACUGCCCUUUCGUCCAGCGGGCCUGGUCGGCGAUCGAGUUCCUCGAGGUUCCCUACAGGUACUAUGAGGUCGACGCCUACGCAAAGCCCAAGCCCGCCGAGCUCCUCGAAGUCUCGCCCAAAGGUCUCGUCCCCGGCCUCAAGCUUAAGAACAACGGCUCCCCACUUGGCCUCAACGAGUCCACCGUUCUUGUCGAGUACUUCGAGACCGUCGCCGAACAAACAACCAAAAAGACCCUCCUCCCGCCCGUAACAGAACCCUACGCCCGCGCCCUCGUCCGCCUGCAAUGCGACCACGUCUCGCGCUCCCUCGUCCCCAACUUCUACCGCUACCUCCAAGCCCAAGACCUCGACGCCCAGAUCCAAGGCUACAAAGACUUCCUCGAGUCCAUCGCCGCGCUGCUCGACCUCCAAGAGCGCUUCGAGAAGGAGGUGCCGAACGUUCCCAAGACGGGUGGCGGGCUAUACAGGGAGGGCGGAGAGAUGAAUCUGUUGGACGUUUAUGUCGCGCCGUGGCUUUAUAGGGCGAAGCUGGUGUUGGCGUAUUAUAGAGGGUUUGAGAUGCCGAAGGGGAAGAAGUUCUCGGCUUGGGUGGACCGCUUGUUCGCGCAUCCUGCGUUUGCGAACACGUGCAGUACGGACGAUGUGUACAUCGACUCGUACGAGAGGUACGCUUACAACCGCCCGAACAACAGCCAGAUGGCCGACGCCAUCAACUCGGGCCGCGCUCUUCCUUGA